AUGGACUAUAAUAGGAUGAACUCCUUCCUAGAGCAUCCACUCUGUCACCGGGGACCCAGCACCUACAGCGCUCCCAACGCCCCUACCUCCUUCGCCCCUUGUUCGGCUCCAGCCCUUGACAACUACGCAGGAGAGACCCGCUAUGCUGGGGCGCUGCCCAGCCCCGGGCUCCAACAAAACCCGGGCUACCCGGCGCAGCAGCCCCCUUCGACGCUGGGGGUGCCCUUCCCCAGUUCUGCCCCCUCGGGGUACGCCCCGGCCGCCUGCAGCCCCGGCUAUGGGCCUUCUCAGUACUACUCUCUGAGCCCACCGGAAGGCGAUGGGGGCUACUUCCACCCCGCAGGCUACGGGGCCCAGCUAGGGGGCCUGUCCGACGGCUAUGGCGCCGGGGGAGCCGGCCCGGGGCCCUACCCUCCGCCGCAGCCCCCUUACGGGCAGGAGCAGGGCGCCAGCUUUGCGCCGGCCUUUGCGGACCUGCUCUCCGACGGCAAGGAGCCGCCGGGCCCCGCCGAGCCCAGCACCCCCACCGCGCGGACCUUCGACUGGAUGAAGGUCAAAAGGAAUCCACCCAAGACAGCCAAGGCGUCCGAGGUGGGCCUGGGCGCGCCCGGCGGCCUCCGCACCAACUUCACCACGCGGCAGCUGACGGAGCUGGAGAAGGAGUUUCACUUCAACAAGUACCUGAGCCGGGCCCGGCGGGUGGAGAUCGCCGCCACCCUGGAGCUCCACGAGACCCAGGUGAAGAUUUGGUUCCAGAACCGGCGCAUGAAGCAGAAAAAGCGAGAGCGGGAGGGAGGCCGGGCGCCCCCAGUACCCCCAGGCGGUUCCAAGGAGGGGGCCGGAGGAGACACCUCGGACCAGUCCGCCUGCACUUCUCCGGAACCCUCACCCAGCUCCAUCACCUCCUGA